UGGGAAGCAGCUCUGGGGGAGCUCGGAGCUCCCGAUCACGGCUUCUUGGGGAUAGCUACAGCUGGGUGGGUUGAACGGGGCCGGGUCCCCUAGCAGAGACCCCCGUGGGAUAGGCAGGUGGGUCAGUGCCUGAAGGCUCCGUGGCUUCCUGCCUUCCGGGUCCGUGCCUUAUCCUGCUCUAGAGCCGGCUCCCAGGGAGAACUCGGUGGAACGUCAGAAACGCUCGGCAGGUCUGCCUUUCAAGGAAUGCCCCUGUCCCUGGGAGCCGAGAUGUGGGGGCCUGAGUCCUGGCUGCUGCUGCUGCUCCUGGCGUCACUCACAGGCCGGUGCUCGGCAGGCGAGCUGGAGACCUCGGACCUGGUGACGGUGGUGCUGGGCCAGGAUGCAAAGCUGCCCUGCUUCUACCGAGGGGACCCCGGCGAGCAGGUGGGGCAGGUGGCCUGGGCUCGGGUGGACGCGGGCGAGGGCGCCCGGGAGCUGGCGCUCUUGCACUCCAAAUACGGGCUGCAUGUGAGCCCGGCCUAUGAGGGCCGCGUGGAACAGCCGCCGCAGCCACGCGACCCGCUUGACGGCGCCGUGCUCCUGCGCAACGCGGUGCAGGCCGACGAGGGCGAGUAUGAGUGCCGCGUCAGCACCUUCCCCGCCGGCAGCUUCCAGGGGCGGCUGCGGCUCCGCGUGCUGGUGCCUCCCCUGCCCUCACUGAAUCCUGGUCCAGUGCUGGAAGAGGGCCAGGGCCUGACGCUGGCAGCCUCCUGCACAGCCGAGGGCAGCCCAGCCCCCACCGUGACCUGGGACACAGAGGUCAAGGGCACAACCUCCAGCCGCUCCUUCAAGCAUUCCCGCUCUGCUGCUGUUACCUCGGAGUUCUACCUGGUGCCCAGCCGCAGCAUGAAUGGGCAGCCACUUACCUGCGUGGUGUCCCACCCUGGCCUACUCCAGGACCAAAGGAUCACCCACACCCUCCAAGUGGCAUUCCUUGCUGAGGCCUCCGUGAGGGGCCUUGAAGACGAAAAACUGUGGCAUGUUGGCAGAGAAGGGGCUACACUCAAGUGCCUGAGUGAAGGGCAGCCUCCUCCCUCGUACAACUGGACACGGCUGGAUGGGCCUCUGCCCAGUGGGGUACGAGCAGAAGGGGCCACUCUGGGCUUCCCCCCACUGACCACCGAGCACAAUGGCAUCUACGUCUGCCAUGUCAGCAAUGAGCUCUCCUCGAGGGAUUCUCAGGUCACUGUGGAUGUUAUUGACCCUCAGGAGGACUCGGUGAAGCAGGUGGACUUGGUGUCAGCCUCGGUGGUGGUGGUGGGUGUGAUCGCCGCGCUCCUGUUCUGCCUCCUGGUGGUGGUGGUGGUGCUCAUGUCCCGAUACCAUCGGCGCAAGGCCCAGCAGAUGACCCAGAAAUACGAGGAGGAGCUGACCCUGACCAGGGAGAACUCCAUCCGAAGGCUGCAUUCUCAUCACACGGACCCCAGGAGCCAGGCCCUGCAGCCGGAGGAGAGUGUAGGGCUGAGAGCCGAGGGCCACCCUGAUAGUCUCAAGGACAACAGUAGCUGCUCUGUGAUGAGUGAAGAGCCUGAGGGCCGGAGCUACUCCACGCUGACCACGGUGAGGGAGAUUGAAACACAAACCGAACUGCUGUCUCCUGGGCGGGCAGAGGAGGAGGAGGAUCAGGAUGAAGGCAUCAAACAGGCCAUGAACCAUUUUGUUCAGGAGAAUGGGACCCUGAGGGCCAAGCCCACGGGCAAUGGCAUCUACAUCAAUGGGCGGGGGCACCUGGUCUGACCCAGGCCUGCCUCCCUCCCUCGGCCAGCCUCCUUCUGCUGACAUGGGGGAUUUCAGCUCCUCUGGGGGGGCCUCCUUGAAUGCUCCAUUUCUUGAGGAAGAUGCUCCCCACCCCACUGACUGCUCCGACUUUUCCCUCCAACCCUUCUGUCUGACCAUGGGAGGACUCCACUGGUUGAGUCCCUCCCAGCGUGUGUGCAGGUCACUGUGUGUGUGAAUUGGUGCUUGUGUGGGUGCUCAUGACUGAGUGCGUGUGGAAGGGUGACUGUGUCCGAGGCAUGUAUCGGUGCUGUCACGUCAGAGUCCAAGUGGACCGUGGUGGGCGUGCCACAGGAUUUCGGUGGCUGUGGGGGGGUGCGCUGUCAGGGUUUGUAUGUCAUGUGGCUGCGUGUGACCUUUGCCUGUCAAUGCAGGUAUUUUCCUCAGACCCCAGAGCAGUAUUAGUGAUGCAGAGGUUGGAGGUGAGAGAUCGAGCCUGUGGGCCAGAUCCAGGUGUGCGGGCAUAGCUGGAGCUGGAAUCUGGCCUCUUGCGUGCAGGAGCCAGGCUCCCACCACCUGGAAGCAGUUGGGGAAAGUGUGAAGCAGUCAGCCUAGGGUUCUGCCAGGAGCUUGACCUGUUACAGAAGAAGCCCUGUGCCCUCUGGUGGCGUCUGGGCCUGCUGCAUAUACAUAGUCUCUGUAAAUAAACCUUGCACGGGGAGCGUCUUUAAGGAAUUCUGCUCCAAAUCCUUUAAUAAGAAAAAAAAACACUCUUUAAAAACCUUUUGAUUUCCUUGGACGUUUAUUUAAAGUGAGGUCAGCAAAGCUAACCUUGCUCAGACCCCACACAAGGGGGUUAAUUCCUGCAAUUCUGAAAGCUGCUCCUUCUAAGGCAUUUUAAUCUAGGCAGCCCCUAGGGAGGGAGCCUGUGGAGCUAAUGGAGUCUGAAUUAGGGGUGUGAGCCCCUACAGUUACCAGCUGAAGGAGGACAGAGCAGAGUCCUUGACCCUAGUGGCCCCUCAACUCUUGCCCUAGCCUUGACUCUUUUUUUAAGUUGUGUCCACAGUGGUUUGUGGUCCCCUGGAGCAUCACUGGAGCUUGGGGACAAGGGCUCCUGGUUCAGUUGUAGUGCAGGGGAGGGAGGGUAUUGAUUCCAGACCAAGGGAAGGUGGGGAGUCCGGGUGAGGUGAAGUAGGUGUUUGGGGCAAGAAUGUCUCCUUUUCCCCCAGGGGUUUUGGGGCAACUAACUCAGGGCUCUUUCAGCAGAUUCCUUUCAGGCCACCCUGGGAGCUGCGGUUAGAUGGGGACUAACUCUGCCUGGUCCGCUCCAAGCACACUCAGCCGGAAUGCCUAGCUUUAGUGCCUAAAUCUUGCUUGGCCUGGAACUGGCUGGAUUUCUGGACCAAAGAAGAGACUCCCAUCCCCUGUUCCCCAGCUGGCCCAGGAUUUUGAAUUCUGGAACCCAAAGAUUUGGGAUCUUAAGUCUGUACAUUUUGUAUAAAUAUGUGCAUAUUUGUACAUAGAAUGAUAUUCUGUUUUUAAAUAAACAGAUAAAACCUG